GCUCAGGUCGGAUGUUCAUUUGAAGUGUUUGAGUGUGUGUUGUAAGCAUGGCCAGUGGGAACAGUGGUUACAGGUCGUGUGUGAUACUGCUGGUGCUACUGUGCGGGUAUGUGGUUUACUUGCUCCUCGGAGCGGCCGUGUUUUCGGCACUAGAGAAGCCAGUGGAGGAGAAAGUUCUGGCCGAGCUGAAGCUCUUCAAGCAGGAACUCUUGGGGAACUUAAGCUGCCUGAACACCAGCACGCUGGAACAGUUAAUUAAUACUUUCAUUAUUGCCAACAAGUACGGGAUGUCUCUACUGGAUAACUCCACUGAAGACUCAAACUGGGACUUGGCAUCUUCUCUGUUCUUCUCCAACGCUCUGCUCACCACCAUCGGUUAUGGAAACACGGCUCCUCUAUCUAACGCAGGAAAAGCUUUCUCCAUCGUCUACGCAGUAUUCGGCGUUCCGUUCACCAUGCUGGUCCUGAUGGCUUGUGUACAGCGCCUCAUGGUGCCGCUUACCCUUCGUCCGGUGGCGUUUUGGCGCCGGCGGUUCGGUUGGCAUCAUCACAAAGCCAGCACACUGCACUUCAUCCUCCUGUUCCUGCUGGUCGUCGUCUUCUUCUUCCUGCUUCCUGCUGGGGUUUUCAGCAUCUUAGAGGAAUCCUGGUCAUUUCUGGAGGCUUUUUAUUUCUGCUUCAUCUCCCUCUGCACCAUCGGCUUAGGAGACUUUGUACCAGGAGAGCAGCCCAACCAGAAACUCAAACCCCUCUACAAGAUCUCCGUUACGGUGUACCUGUUUUUGGGAUUGACGGCGAUGUACUUGAUCCUGCGUUCCUUCCACAAACUGUCUGAUGUUCUGGGCUGGACAGCGUUUUUCCAGAUGCCCAGCUGUGAUGAGAAGGAGGAAACUGAGGAGGAACCAGUCGAACAAGUGUCUGAUACCAAGCCUCUGGAUCCAACUGCUCAUGUCUCUUACAACUCCAUCAGCAAAUAGGACCUUCAGCAGGUAGAACCAUCCGGAAAUGAUCUGAACCCUCACGUCUCCUACAAAUCCACCAGCAGGUAGAACAAUCCAGACUGACACUUUCCUUAGAGGAACAUGAGGAGCACAUUACUGUUACAUUAUUGUUUACAAACCAUCAUUUUCGGUUUGUUUCUGGGUGGACUUUAGAUGUUUCUGGACCAAUCGUUAAAUACUUCUUUGAGAUUUCUUGGACCACAAAGGACUAAUGCAUUAUGGGUAAAACAAUAUUGUAAGCCAUCAUAUGUGACGUUAAGUCUAUUAGUUCUUCAUGUAUUCUUUUAACUGCAGUGCAAAUAAUGACGUAUCAGUUUUAUGGAGGUUUUUGAUCCUUGACAUGUGGAGAUGAUCUAAAGUGCUUUACAUCACGCAUGCAGUGGGUUAAAGAUAAUUAAACUGGACAUGAAGUUUAAUUUUGUAGGUUUAAAAAGAAUUAUGCAGUUUCUUCGUGUUGUUUCUUGUUCUUGCCACUCAGGAUCGUUUCUUAAAUCCCAAAAAAUGAACUCUGUCCUGCGCUGCUUUAUAACCCCGUGGUGGUUAAAGAAACGCUCACUGUUUGGUCGCACAAUUCUGCCUUGUUCUGGGUUUGUGUGGUACCAAUCAGAAAAUGGACCACUUUUUAAAGGGUAAAAUAACCCUUAAGCAUUGAAGAUGUGAUGGUGGAUAUUUGGAGUGUAAUUAUCAGUGGCAGUAUCGCCACUCCAGUUUACUGAACCUGUACGACUGUGUGUAAUCAGACUGUAAAUGUUUUACCAGGAACAAAAGGGAUAAAAAUAAGAGCAGUAAAUAAAGAUAAAUUAAUACAA